AUGUCCAAAAAAUUGUCCGUCUAUUCGACUCAAGCAAGCCAUUCGGGACAAAUGAUACAAACAGAUGCCGCUAACAAUUUUUGGGAACAGAUCGAAUAUGCUUAUCAUCAAAACAUAUCAUUUCUCGGCACGGGCGGCGGGCACGGCUACUCAGCAACUCUGGAUACGGUCGAGAACGGAAUCGAGAUCGACCUUGGCCAUUUCAAUACCGUCUUCAUCGACAAAGACGCCAAUACCAUGACAGUCGGCGGAUCCGUUCACUUUGCCAACAUUACAGGGCUGUUGUACGACGCUGGAAAAGAGUUUCAGGUUGGCUCAUGCUCCUGCGUCGGCUUAGUCGGAGCUUCACUUGGCGGCGGUGUUGGACCCUACGGAGGUUUGCACGGUUUACAGCUCGACGCUCUUCAAUCGGUCAGAAUGGUAACAGGUACUGGCUCCCUAGUCAAUGUUUCAGCGACAAGCCAUCCCGAUCUGUGGUGGGGCAUGCGAGGAGCGGGCUUCAAUUUCGGCAUCGUCACAUCAGCCACGUUCCAAGUCUACAAUUUCACAAACAAUGGCCAAGCCAUGAGCGCAGAUUUUAGGUUCCAUGCCAGUCAGAACGCGUCCCUCUACGAGUUCGCGCGGUCUUAUACUGGCAAAUUACCGGACGCCUUCUCAAUAGACAUAGCAAUCGCCUACAACGAGGUAUUUGGAGGCACAUAUCUUUUCGCCAACUUCAUCUACGCUGGCCCAUUGGAAGAGGGCAUGGCGCUCAUCCAGCCAAUAAUAAAACUCGGGCCUUUCGACCAAAACAUCACCAUGAUCCCGUGGAAAGACAUCGAGACCUCGUCCAAAUUCGGCAUCGACGCCCUCGCCUGCAUCAAAGGAAAUUUCCACAGCGUCUGGGGCCUGAAUCUCUACCAAAUCGACGUACCAACCCUCAUCGACGCAGUCAGCUACAUGGACACCGUCUACGCGCAGUACCCCGACUUCCGCGAAGCAUUCCUCGCAAUCGACAUGUACGCCUCUCGGGUCAUCGAGUCUGUCCCCGACGACGCAACCGCCUAUCCAUACCGCAACGCUGUCGCACGCUUCCUCCUCGACGUCGGCUUCCCAAACAGCUCCUUCGCCACCGCCGCAUCCCAAGUCGGCCGCGACGCUCGCAGUCUCUUCGUCCCGACGAGUGGCGCUAGCACCAGCAACAUCGAAGUCUACGUCCACUACGGGCACGGCGACGAAGGGCAGCUGGGAUGGUACACUGAACGCAAGCUGCCGCGGCUGAAUGCGCUCAAGAAUGAAUACGAUCCUAACAAGCUAUUUUCGCACUACAAUGCGUUGGAAGCGACUUAUGACGUGCCCAAGUAG